AUGGCCACCGCCAUGGCCGCUGAGCCGCCCCCAAAGCGGGCCCGGCUGGCCAGCGACCGCGUGGCGCCCAUGCCCAGCGGUGCCAAUUUGAUAGAGGUCGACGGCAAGAGCUGCACGCACGAAGUGGCAUGGCCGCCAGGCGAGGAGGGCUCGCUGCUGCCGCCGCCGCCGCGGGCGGGCCCGCCGGCGCGCGAGUACCCGUUCCCGCUCGAUCCUUUCCAGCAGACGGCGGUCAACGCCCUGGAGGCGGGGCACAGCGUGCUGGUGGCGGCCCACACCUCAGCUGGCAAGACGGUAGUGGCGGAGUAUGCGUUUGGCAUGGCGCUGAGGGAUGGGCACAAGGUCGUGUACACCUCGCCGCUCAAGGCGCUUUCCAACCAGAAGUACCGCGAGCUGCAGGAGCAGUUUGGGGACGUGGGGCUGAUGACGGGCGACGUGACCAUCAACCCCAACGCCUCGUGCCUGGUCAUGACGACAGAGAUCCUGCGGUCCAUGAUGUACCGCGGCACCGAGUUGGUGCGCCAGCUGGCGCUGAUCGUGUACGACGAGAUACACUACCUGCGGGACAAGGAGCGUGGCGUGGUGUGGGAGGAGUCGAUCAUCCUGGCCCCCAAGACCGCCCGCUUCGCCUUCCUGUCCGCCACCAUCCCUAACUCCCGCGAGUUUGCCGACUGGGUGGCCAAGACGCACGGCAGCCCCUGCCACGUCGUGUACACAGACUACCGCCCCACGCCCCUGGAGCAUUACAUCUUCCCAGCCGGAGGCGAUGGGCUGUUCUUGGUGGUAGACAACAAGGGCACCUUCAGGGAGGACAACUUCCAAAAGGCGGUGGCGCAGCUGCAAGAGGCGGAAGUGAAGGCGAAGCGGCCGGCGGGCGGCGGCGGCGGCAAGGGCAAGAAGGGCGGGGUGCAGGAGGCGGGGGCCCCCAAGGAGGAAAGCGACAUCUUCAAGAUUGUGCGCAUGAUUGCCGAGCGCCGCUUCGACCCAGUCAUCGUGUUUUCCUUCAGCAAGAAGGAGUGCGAGGCGCUGGCCAAGCAGAUGCAAGGCCUGGACCUGAACGAGGAAGCCGAGAAGAAGCUGGUGGACGGCAUCUUCAGCAGCGCCAUAGACGUCCUGUCCGACGCGGACCGGCGGCUGCCCCAGAUCGCGGGCGCGCUGCCCAUGCUGCGGCGCGGCGUGGGGGUGCACCACUCGGGUCUGCUGCCCAUCCUCAAGGAAGUGGUGGAGAUUCUGUUCCAGGAGGGGCUGCUCAAGGUGCUGUUUGCCACCGAGACCUUCUCUACCGGCCUCAACAUGCCCGCCAAGACGGUCGUCUUCACUCACGUGCGCAAGUUCGACGGCGGCGGCUUCCGCUGGGUGCGCAGCGGAGAGUACAUCCAGAUGAGCGGGCGGGCCGGGCGGCGCGGGCUAGACGACAAAGGCGUGGCCAUCCUGAUGAUGGAUGAGAAGCUGGAGCCGGCGGUGGCCAAGGACAUGAUCAAGGGCGCUCCCGACACGCUCCACUCUGAGUUCCAUCUCGAGUAUUCCAUGCUGCUCAACCUGCUGAGGGUGGAGGGUGUGGAGCCCGAGGAGCUGAUGGCCCGCUCCUACCGCCAGUUCCAAAUGGAAAGGGCCCUGCCGCAGCUGGAGGCGCGCGUGCGGCGGCUCGAGGCGGAGCGUGAUGGGCUGGUGAUUGAGCAGGAGGAAAGUGUGAAGGAGUAUCUGGCGCUCAGCCAGCAGCUGGCCAAGCUGAGGGCAGAGACGCGGGCCAUAGUGGCUGCGCCGCAGCACUGCCUGCCCUUCCUGCAGCCGGGCCGCCUGGUGCGCGUGCUGCCGCCUGAGCAGCCGCCAGCGGCGGUGUCGCAGCCACGGCAGGAGGCACCAGGCUCCGCGGCGCCGGCAACAGCGAAGGGAGCGAACGGCAGCGGCGGCAGCGGCGAGGGUGUGGUGGGUGUGGUGGUGAAUUUUGAGCUGGCGUGGAAGCAGCAGGUGGGCCAGGAGGUGGGCGGCGCCGGUACCAGUGCUGGAGGAAAGCGCGGUACCAGGCAGUACAUCGUCGAUGUGCUGUGCAACUGCUCAGAGGAGUCGCUGCGCCAUCAGGGCGCCAGCCGACGGCGAGCAGUGCCUGUGCCGCCAGGCGCCAAGGGCUCCCCCGCCGUGAUCCCGGUGGCGCUGCCCGAGCUGGCCGCCUUUAGCAGCCUGCGCAUCUACAUCCCGCAAGACCUGCGCACACAGGCGAGUCCACACCGGCGGCAGCAGCCAGCCAACCUUCCUGCCGUCCUGUCACUGCCAAUGCUUCCCGAGGCGCGCGAGCGGUGCGCCAAGUCGCUGGCAGAGGUGGAGCGGCGCUUCCCAAAGGGGCUGCCGCAGCUGGACCCAGCAGAGGACAUGCGGAUAGAGGACGAGGGCCUGCGCAAGUUGCUGCGCAAGGCUGAGAGCGUGGAGGGGCUGCUGGCCAAGCACCCGCUGGCCGCAUCCCCCAGCCUGCAGCAGCAGCUCGACACGCUGCUGCAGAAACAGGCUCUGCACGAGGCUGUACGUACCGCCAAGAAGGAAUGCAAGGCCGCCGCGGCCCUGAUUUGCCACGAGGACUUGAAGGCCCGCAAGCGGGUGCUCAGCCGGCUGGAUUACCUGGACAGGAGCGGUGUGGUGACGCUCAAGGGCCGCUUUGCUGCAGAGCUGAGCACGGGGGAUGAGCUGGUUCUGACGGAGAUGGUGUUUGCGGGGGUGUUCCAGGACAUGAGCCUGGAGCAGCUGUGCGCUCUCAUCUCAUGCUUCAUCUGGCGGGAGAAGAGCGAGACCGGCAACAAGGUGCGCCCCGACCUGGAGGCUCCGUACGGCUCGCUGCGCGCGGCUGCGCGCAAGGUUGCCCGGGCGGCGGCCGACUGCAAGAUGGAGAUGGAUGUUGAGGAGUACGUGGACAGCUUCCGGCCAGACAUGAUGGAGUCGGUGGCUGGCUGGUGCCAGGGCCUGUCCUUUGCAGAGCUGCUCAAGCGUACCGAAGUGUUUGAGGGCUCGCUGGUGCGCGCCAUCCGGCGCCUGGAGGAGCUGCUGCGCCAGGUGGCGGGCGUGCUCAAGGCGGUGGGGGAGGCGGGGCUGGGGGAGCGGUUUGAGGCAGCCAUCGCGCGGAUCAAGCGGGACAUAGUGUUUGCCGCCUCCCUCUACCUGUGA